UUUAUGAGGAGACAUGUAUUGUGGUUCAGUGUGACUACCGCUACAUGUCAAGUGUGUAUUGUGUGUGUGUGUCACAAAUGGAAACACCGUAUGGUGUAACUGAAUUGACGGCUCAACCAUCUGAUUAUGAAUUCUAAUGCGUGCACUUUGAUAUUUAACCACAAUCCCCCUCAAAGUAGAGCUCUUUUUUUGUCCCCCUCGUUCGUGCUCGUCCUUUUUUUGUCUUCUUUCCUUCUCUUGGAGCAUUCGCACAAUGCAGUCACGACCACCGAAGCCAGCCUAGAUUUGGAUUGAAUGAUGAAUACUAAUGAGCCGAGGCACCAUCAAGCAGUUUGGGAUUCAUCCAUAAAGGAUUUGCUUGUACCCGCAGAUGCCAAGUAGAAAAGCCAUAAAUGUUUCAUCUACCGUUUGGCAGACAAACCUGGGAUGGUUAGUCAGGGUAUUUGAACAGUUUGUAGUAAAUGUCUCUAGAUGGAUAUUAAAACAGCGGACAGGAGAAGGACACUGCAGAUAUUUUAAUUGGGCAGUAAGACACUUGCAGGCUGUGGGGGUUGGAAGGUGGAGAGACUGUUGGAGGCAGUGUUGACAUAGCCUUCUGACGACUUCUGCUCUUGAUUCUCAUAAUUUGUGCGACUGACAGACAGCCUGAGCUGUACGUUGUUGUUUUACUGCCGCUCAGCUUAAUGGCCCCUGGACCUGUUGCUCUGUAAGGUAGUCUGUGCAUUGCCCUUCAAGGAGAAAUGAUUCAAGCGGUGGAGCUUGCUGUUUAUUGGGGUGUCACACGGUGACCCAUGGAUGUUGAUUUUUUUCUCUCUCUCCACAAUUUAUGUGAGGUGUGAUGCUCUCGCUUCACCACUUGUUGAACCAGCUGGUGAUGAAUGGACAUGAACAGACGGUGAUGUAAGUUAGCGAUUAAUGGGAAAAAAUCGGUCAGAAUUGUGUACUGAUACCACGGCGUUGUACAUUUCCAACAGUUGCAAAAGAAAGUGAUGUCUGAAUUAAAGCAUUUUUUCUAAAUGUGGAAAUGAACAUAAACUUGCUUUAAGGCAAAAUGGUCACAUUCAUAGUGGCAGCAGCCAGGCUGACGUUACUCUUGUAACAUAAUAAACCGGAAAGGAAAAAACAAGCUUCAACAAUCUGUGAUAACCUCAUGGGUCAAAACAUUGUUUACCUACGCAGCAGAGUGGGACUGAUGAACCAUAUCAUCAGCCAAGAUAACAUGUCCUUGCUUGACAAAAUUGAUGUUCUGGAUCACUGGAAUUGUGUGCACUCCCAAUCUGGAUAUUGACGAAAGGACAGACUUUAUGUUGCUGAUGAACUUCAAGUUUGACCUGUGUAGGGCAGAAUUCUUCAUCGGAGAGUGAAGAGGUCCAUCGGCGGUUGACCAGGCCAGCAGCAACCAUACAAUACGGCAUUGGACACGCAGAAAAUUUCAUACAGUCUCACGGUACAGGGGCAUAUGUUUUGAUGUUGUAAGGGGACAGGAACUCUGGGAAACCCUGAAAGAUGCUGCGAUUGUGCUAGAGCAUUUUGAGAGCAGUGCGUCUGCACAUAAUGAGCGGAAUUUGCACAGGGCUUAGUGGACUAUGACAUGGAACUGUCAUUGAUCUAGGUGAUGCGUGUACGUGAUAUCGACUGGAACAUAUGGUAUACAUUGCACAUUGAUGUGUAUGCACACACAUAUGCGAGAGCAGUGCACAGGCAAGUACAUGCACAUGCUGAGAUAAAGCCAGCGAUAUAUUUUUCUAUUCUCUUUGUGGAUUGGGCCUGUCUUCGGACAUCAUCGAGUCGAAAACUGAAGGGCGCAGAGAGGACAACUUCUCAACUCUUUUUUUUCCUUCACAGCCACUAUGCGUGACAUUGGAUUAAUGCUAACAAUGGGAGGAAUACAGCGCUGCAAUAUUUUAUCAGCAUCCCAGUUGGAGUAUCAUCUUCAAAUGAGUCCCAUGUCAGAAAGACAUUGAGUACACGCUGGUACACUUAUUCUGAAGUUUGACUUUGUUGAUGGAAAAAACAUACUUGUACCUGUACAGUAGCUCCAGAUUGAUAAAUAUCCAGUAUUUCCACAGAAAUUGAUGCUUUAGUUUCCACCACCUUCUCUGGUUGCAGAUCCUUUUGUUGUGAUGCAAACAUCUACCGCCAUUGUCUAUUUCAGGAUAAACAUGACAGUUAGAAAUUUGGAUGUGCAUUAUGAAAAUGUUUGUUGAUGACUUCAUCACAUGAAAGUUUCCAUUUUCCCCCGCCACUUGUGUGGAUGUUUUCAAAGCUGCAGCUGUGUGCACUUGAUGUCAGGCUCUUUUUACAGUACCCAUUCAAGUCAUGGCCUGUGCUGUUUGAAAAGCCAAAUGAGGUGCGCUGAAAGAAAAGCAGCAAAAACGGCUGUCAACUUUCCAUACCAGUGUAUACAGGUACAUGCUUCUCAUCAUUGACGUUUCUUGUGUUGGUUUGAAUCAUCAAAGUGCCGUGACCUUCUGUGGCAUUUGAUACCCAUCAAGUGACUUAUUUACAUUUUCUAUCGUCAACUUGAGCGCUGUCACUUUAUUACUGAUGCACAUAUGAAAUUGAAUCCAGUGCUUUUCUGAAUUGUGCAGAAGUUGCAGAUUAUUUUUAUCCCAAACGGAUGCUAUUUUCUGAAUAUGCAAUCAGACCAAGAUGUCAAAAUUUGCACAUUUCAGGCUUGAAAAAAAUCAAAGAGCUAAAAUAUAAUUUGUGAUGAAAUUGCAUUUUCAGAGAACAGUUGUAUUGCAUUUGAAUUUUGAAAGAACAGUUAUAUUGCAGAAAAGAAGGGAGAAGUGAUAUUUUGCGACCCCAGUGUCAAAUUGUCACCAAAUACAAACAUCUUUGAAACACUAUAAGUGAUGACCAAGCAAUUCUGAAACAGGCAGCCCACAGUGACAGGAAGGAAGUUGUCGAUGGCUAGUGGCAAAUCUCUGAAAGGAAGAAUGAUGAGUGAAUUAAUUGGCCUGUGAUAAAGCUGAUACAGAUAACCUGGAAUUGUUUAUGCGGAAUUUGUUUUUGCAUCAAUGUGUUUACAAUCGCAUUUUUUUUAAAAACAAGAGUCAGUUUCCAGGAAAUGUUUUCUCCCGAAACUUGUGAAACAUGGAGGAAUUGCUUUCAAGUCAUCGUGCGCCAAUGCUAUAGAUUGUUUUUGAUUUAUUUCACCUUCAAAUGCGUGGUUGAAGAGAAUUUCUGCCCAUCUGAUGGAAAGUUUUAUAUUGAACUCACAUGCUUGGCCUAUGAAACUUUUAGACACAACACAAACUACUCAAAAUCAGUGGCUGCAAAGACGCAACUGGUGUGAAGUUUAUUCCUCGCUGCCAGCCUAUGUUUUUGUCCUUACAUUCCUACGCAUACUCCGCACCUUCAUUUGAUACUUCGGUUGAAACGAUUGUUGUCAAAUCUUCUAAUCUAUGAUAAGAACAUGCACCAUACUGCAGUGGGUCUGCGGCUUCCACAGCAUAACUGUUGAGACACGUUGCUGCUCCCACUUCGUUCUACUGUUACCACUGCUGUUCUUUAGAGGCUGGACAUUUCCCGUCAGACAGCAGCAAUGGAAAAUAGCAGUAGCGCAUCCAACAUGAAGCUGCACAUGAAGGCUUUGAUCACCUCGCCGCGUUUCAUCCGCAAGCGCUUUGCCAGCUUGCCGUACAUCACCGUGCAGCCGGAUGCUAGCGGCAUGGAUCGGCUGAGUCCUGAGGUGUCGUCAUUGGACCAUGUGCCCCACCAGCUAUCCCAUCAUUCCUCACUCACCGGAAAGGACACUCUCCCACUGCCCGAUUCGGAUGUGGUCAUGCGCUCCCGUGGCCUAAAAGGCGGCAAGCGGGGGUCGGAGUCCAGCGACAGUGGUGGUGGGGGCAGCAGUCAGCGGCCGGCUAGUGUGGCUGUUGUGACAGGAUCACCCAAGCUGGGCCGGCGGUCCUCCAAGACGGGCUCAUCCACCAGCCUCAACUCUGACUGCAUGGACACGCCUCUUGUCAACCACGAGGAAAUACUCCAGCUGACCAAGGACGUCAGGACGUUCUCGGAAUCCCUUAGCCGACUGAAGUUCAUCUUCAAUCCUGAAGUCGAGAGAACAGAAUCCCUGCGAGUGCUCGCCCACGACAAAUUGCGGGAUGUGCUCAACAUUCUGCGCAACCUGCUGGAUAAGUACAGUGCCCUCCGGUCCACGGACAUCCACACGGCAGCUGUGUUGCUCAUCACUCAGAUCAAAAAUUUGAAGGAUGAGACUGAGGAGGAGCGAGUCAAGCUAUUUGAUGCUAUAGAUCAGCUGGCGCUUGCUUUCAGCAGCAGUGUGACAGAAUUUCUAAUGGGCGAUGUGGAGCAGGCUAACAUGGGGUUUCCCUCCUCAAAGUCAUAUGAAAGCAUAUCGUCGAUGACGACGAGUUCAGAGGGUGGCAAUGCCUACAGUCGGCAGACAUCACAAGAUGGCAGGGAACCAGGGAGUUUGUCAGCCUCUGAAGUAGAUGAAAGCUUGAUGCAGUCUGAUUGUGGCCUGGAAAUGGCACUGGAGCGGGCCAAAGUCUGGUCCAAAUAUGCCAAAGAUGUCAUCAGCUACGUGGAGAAGAGGAUACACUUAGAGACUGAUUUUGCACGAAGUCUUGCCAAACUAGCGGUCGCAACUCGUACCACACUCAAAGAAGAGACGUACCUGCCCUUUCAAUCAACGUACCUAACAGCAUUGGAACAUGAUGUAAACUAUGCCCAAAACUGUGAUGCCACUCAUUUGCACAUCCAAGGGCAAAAAUUUGUCCAGCAACUUGAAGCAAGACGGGUAGAGCAUGACAAGAGGAGAAAGCAAAUACGUCAAACCUGGACCAUCAUGAAGAAAGAAAUGCAAGACCGCAAGAGCAACCUGGAGAAGUGCCGCCAGCAGUACAUGAACCGUUGCCAGGAGUAUGAGAAGAUCAGCGAGUCAGCAGCCAAGAUGGAGACAGAGGUCCUGAACACCAGUGGUGGGUCCAACGCUGGCAAGUUAGAGAAGAAAAAGAAGGCAGAGGAGGAAGCUCUCAUGAAGGCCAAGGAGUCUGAGACGACAUACAAGGCGUGCAUUGUGGAGGCCAAUGCUAAGCGACUAGAAAUGGGGACAGCUAAGAGAGACCUUUUGGUCAAAGUCCGGGAACUCAUCUACCAGUGUGACCAAACGAUGAAAGCAGCAACAGUUAGUUACUUCCAGUUGCAGCAUUCACUGUCGGCACCAGCUCCCGUCCAGUUUCAGACCUUGUGUGAGCAGAGCAGGUGCUAUGAGCCUGGUGUCCAGUAUGCCGAGUUUGUCAAACACAAGUCAAGGGUCAAGGGUCGUGCCGCCAAACAUGAGGAAGCCUUUGUGUUUGAGCCUUUUAUGUCAUCAGAGAAACCUCGCAAGCCCAGCUCUCACUCGCUGGACAGCACCGAGGACGAGAGGGUAGGUGCUCCCAACAAGCCCAGCCAUGGAUCUAGAAGUGGCACCUCACCAGAAAGAACAGACAAGUCCAAGCCUGUCCACGCCUGGAUGGGCACAGCACCUGCCACAACACAGGCCAGCGACUCGGACAGCAUGAGCGGCAGCUCCACCAAGUCUGUGGAUGCCUCGCCCUCGGCCAGCCCCAUGAACGGACACCGAAACCUGAUCCGGGAGGCCUCGACAGGGACCAUGUCCUCGGGUGAUGAACUGGCUGAGACCGACGACAGCAGGCCUGUCCCAGCUGGCACAAAACUCAUUGAGCCCGUGCCCAGCUCCUUCCGCAACCUCUCCUUCACCAAAGCGGCCCAGACCCACCUGAUCCGCAAGCUGCGCACCCCGUCCAAGUGCCGGGAGUGCGACAGCUACGUCUACUUCAAUGGCGCUGAGUGCGAGCGCUGUGGCCUGGCCUGCCACAAGAAGUGCCUGGAGUCGCUGGCCAUCCAGUGCGGUGGCAAGCGGCUGCUGGGCCGCAUGAACGUCUUUGGGGUGCAGCUGCGGGACCACCUACGGCUGACAGCGCGGGAGGCGCCUUUCCUGGUCACCAAGUGCUGCUCGGAGAUAGACCGUCGGGCACUGCACAUCAAGGGUAUUUACAGGGUGGCCGGGCUAAAGGUCAAAGUUGAGAAGCUUUGUCAGACAUUUGAGAAUGGUCUUGACCUAGUUGACCUUUCAGAGACUCCACCCCAUCUCAUUACCAGCGUGCUCAAGCUGUACUUAAGACAACUCCCUGAGCCUUUGCUGACAUUUAAGCACUACUCAGAGUUCAUCAAUGUCGCCAAGGAGUUCCCUCGGAGUGUGCUGGAGAGCACUGAGGAGGAGGAGCGAUUAAUUAGCAAGUUGAAGGGCAUUGUGACCAGUCUUCCCGAGGAAAACUUCAAGACGCUGGGGGUUCUCAUGCACCACCUCAAAAGAGUAUCUGAGAAUGAAGACUACAAUCAGAUGUCUGCCAGCAACUUGGGCAUUGUGUUUGGGCCCACCCUUCUUAAGCCAAAUGACAAUACUGCGUCCCUCUCUGCCUUGGUGGACAUGCCCUUCCAGACGAGAGCCAUUGAGAUGUUGGUUACCUAUUCACAGGUGUUUGGAAGCAGCGAGACACCAGUGGAACAGUUCCAACCCGAGCCACGGGAACUUUCCCCAGUGCUCCCGGAACUCAACCAAGGACCAGUGAGUUACUCUCCCAACAAGAGCACCAACAACUCAACCCACAUGACUUCGUCAGGCGUGGGUGCAUCACAAGGUCAUCGCCAGGGGCCCAGUUUUGCAUUGCCAGGCAGCAGUGAGGACAGCGAGGACAUCUUGCCAUGUCUGGCCCCAGAUGUGGGUUCUGGGGAGGAGGGUGAUGGGGACAGCUCUGGGAAUGAGGGUGAGGCAGAAGAGGCAUCUGCCAGUGAAGACCAACCAGACUCUGAUCGAGACACUUCACCAUCGGUUGUCCGUCAUUCGGAUGUGCCACAGCAUCCCCCAGACUCCUCCCCUCAGCCAAUCAAACAGACCCUCCUCUCAGUUGCCAACGAGUACCGCAAAUCCCAGUCACCGGACACAUCUGGACAGACCUUGACCGGCCCGGACUCACCGCUUGCCCAAGAGGGGUACGUCCCCAGCGCGUUCUCGCGCCACUCCCCGCACCGCCAAGUCCUGAUGACCGAGGGGGCAGAGGUCAUUAAAGCAGCCGGCGGCUCGGUGAAGACGACCGGGAGUGUUAGUUCAAACCAACCCGCUGCCUCAUCUGUGCCCACCGAUACCGGGGAGCAAAGUAAACCAAGGGAGUCACGCUCAGCUAAGUCACGGCAGCCGCAGUUUGUCUGAACCCACCGAUCUGCCUGGAGCAUGAUCAGUUAAUUUUUUUUUCUUAUUUAUUUAACGGACUGUGGAUUUGACUUUUACAUCUAGUGCAUGGAUUUCAACAAGUCUACAAUCGUGGUUUGGGCAUCUUAUACAGUUUAUUGCAGAGCCAAACCCUGUUUGUUUGAUAUCUCGACAAUUUUUAUUCAUCCUUACUGGACCGGAGUGCUUUAUAGAAUCACACAUUGCACCGUUACAAAAUUUGUAGUUGCACUUAUGUCCAGGCUAGUGCAGGCAGCCGGUUUGUCCUUUUUAGUGAAAGCCCAGGACUGUCUUUGAGUUUGUACAUUUGAGCAAAGGGAAGAGUGAAGAAUCUAUGCAAAGUGUUAAAUUUAUCAUCUUGACGCACACAAACAAAGUAUGUAGGCACUGUUGCAUGUUGUGGAGUGAACAAAUUUCUUGAACAAACACCGCAAAGUUAGUUAAAGUACAGCAUUUAAAAGAGGGUAAUGAGCACAUACUGAAUAGUUCAUAAAAGAAACACUUAUUGUAUUUUUGUAUUUAUACAAAUCAAUAAAUUAUAUUUAUUUCCCAUUGUAACGAUUGCCAUCUUAUGAUGUAUCUAGAAGCAGAAUUAUUUAUCAAUGCCUUAACAAAACUUUGUGUAUUUUUAAAUGAUACACUUGCCAUGUUGGCACGCGUAAUAUAAGGUGGAGCAUCCUAAAAUACAUUGCAGUCUUGUAUAGCCAGGAGUGAUUACUUUUUUCCCCACUACUAAGGCCUGCCUGAACGUGGGAGAAUGAACUAAAUUUUUUGUUCCCUUAACUAUCUACAGACCAAGUUUUGUGGCCGGGGUGAUUCCCAACUGUUUCUUUUUUGGGGGGUUAGUAUUGUGAAUAGGCAGUAUUCCAGGUACCAGUGUGCUUAGCGCUCAAAGCCAUUAUCUAGAGGUGCAUUCAGUUGUGCAUUGCAUACACCAGCAUUGGUGAUCCUUGUACUCCUCCAUUGUUGAAACUACGUAUGUGGGAAUGUGUUGCACUCACUAAACUCACCCUGGGUUACUUCAAACAUGCUUUGUUAAAUAAGAAACAUGUUUAAAAACUUUGUAGGGAGUUCCACCGUUGGUGAAAGUUGCAACUUAUAUACAGAAUUUAGAAGAGAAAGUAGAAGUACUUGCAAAAUAAAGUAAGCCAUAGAUGUGGGUUAUACAUGUUACAGUGACCUGAAUACUUGAGGUUUCAGCAAAUAUUAGACCAAAUGUAUUGGCAUUUUUCUCGAAUUACAGUGUCUGAUAAUUUUAGAUGGCACCUAUCUGGGCAAGUGCGAGCAACAACAAUCUUUUGUCUAGUACCCUGAAUAUAUUUUGUCCACACAUGUAGGUUACCAGAGAAAUCAACAGUAAAUAAAUGGUUUAAAAAUGAGAUUGAA